ACGAGCCCGAACAAAGUGAAAUGCGCGAGCUUGUGGACUUUUCUCCGAGACGUGAGAGCACGUUAGUUAGUGGACGUGGCCAAGUCCAUCAGCCCACAAACGUGAUUUCACGUCUUGCAGGCUACGUGAGUGAUUGCAGGAGGUGUGCAGAGUGCAAGGUUCUCUAACCGUUUGGACUUCUGUCUCGGGACAGCGCGCGCAUAUAUGAGCGAGGAGCUCCGGGAUUCCACAGCACGAGCUCUUAAACUCUUCACUCGGGAUCUGAUCGGUGAACUGUGAGGUCUGCAACACUCCCGACAUGUCGUCUCUGUUGGUUGGGAGUCUGAAAAGAUGGGAUGUUUUGGGAGCCGCAGUCGGGGUUCGCUCGCUGGCCAGCGUCCCCUCUCUCCCCAAAGCCGUGGCUGAGUUCGUGUCGGACGCCGUGGCUGAAUGCAAACCGGCUCGAGUGCACGUGGUGACCGGCACGGCCCAGGAGACCUCGGACAUCCUGGCCGGCUUGGAAAAAGAAGGCAUGGUGAAAAAGUUACCCAAGUAUGAGAACUGCUGGCUGGCUCGUACCGACCCGAAAGACGUGGCUCGUGUGGAGAGCAAGACGGUGAUCGUCACUAAGCAUCAGAGAGACACGGUUCCCAUCCCCAGCAACGGCGUGAAGAGUCAGCUGGGCAGCUGGAUGAGCGAGAGUGAUUUCCAGAAAGCCAGAGAGGAACGAUUCCCUGGCAGCAUGUCAGGUCGGACCAUGUACGUGAUCCCAUUCAGCAUGGGUCCGGUGAACUCCUCUCUAGCAAAGUUUGGCGUUCAGUUGACGGAUUCUCCGUAUGUAGUGGCCAGCAUGGGAAUAAUGACCCGCAUGGGUACGCCGGUCCUGGAGAAACUGGCGGAGGGGGCGGAGUUUGUUCGUUGCCAGCACUCGUUGGGUCGACCUCUGCCACUUAAAGCUCCUUUGAUAAAUCAGUGGCCUUGCAAUCCAGACAAGGUGCUGAUCUCCCAUCUCCCGGAUAGCAGGCAGAUCCUGUCAUUCGGAAGCGGCUACGGCGGGAAUUCCCUGCUGGGAAAGAAGUGUUUUGCGCUCCGUAUUGCCUCUCGUAUUGCCAAAGAUGAAGGCUGGCUAGCUGAACAUAUGCUGAUUCUGGGAAUCACGAAUCCUCAGGGUGUGAAGCGGUACAUUGCGGCUGCUUUCCCAAGUGCUUGUGGCAAAACCAACCUGGCUAUGAUGAAGCCGACGCUGCCAGGUUGGAAGGUGGAGUGUGUGGGAGACGAUAUUGCCUGGAUGAAGUUCGACAGUCAGGGUAAACUCAGAGCCAUCAACCCGGAGAACGGCUUCUUCGGUGUAGCUCCUGGUACAUCUAUGAAGACCAACCCUUAUGCCAUGGAAACCAUUUCAAAGAACACGAUAUUCACAAACGUGGGCGAGACAAGUGACGGCGGCGUUUGGUGGGAGGGUCUCGAACCGCCGGCGCCUGGAAUCUCUCUGAAUGACUGGCAUGGAAAUUUAUGGAAGCCUGGUGAUUCCAAACCGUGUGCACACCCCAACUCGAGGUUCUGUACCCCCGCCGCCCAGUGUCCCAUCAUGGACCCCAUGUGGGAGAGCGACGAAGGAGUGCCAAUUGACGCCAUCGUAUUUGGUGGCCGGAGACCAGAAGGAGUGCCGCUAGUGUAUGAAUCGUUCAACUGGCGACAUGGAGUGUUUGUUGGUGCUGCCAUGAGAUCGGAAUCCACAGCAGCUGCAGAACAUAAAGGUAAAGUGGUCAUGCACGACCCCUUCGCUAUGCGUCCGUUCUUCGGCUACAACUUUGGCGACUACCUGAGCCACUGGCUGAGCAUGGAGACGAGGAAGGGACCCACGCAGCUUCCCAAGAUCUUCCACGUCAACUGGUUCCGGAGAGAUCCGCAGACCAAGUCCUUCCUGUGGCCCGGCUUCGGAGAGAACUCCCGAGUGCUCGAAUGGAUCUUCCGCCGCUGCGAACGCACCAGCGAGGACGAGGCGGCCAGAAAAAGCGCCAUAGGAUGGUUGCCUCAAGAGGGCGCCAUCAACACACAAGGCCUGAGCGAUAAAGUCGAUAUGGAGGCGCUUUUUGACGUUCCUAAACCUUUCUGGCAAAAAGAAGUCCAAGAGAUAAAAGCCUACUUCACACAGCAGGUGGGCGUCGACCUGCCCAAGCAGCUAGAGGCGGAGCUACAGGCUCUCGAGGAGAGAGUCAGGGAUUGAUGGACAAGAACUUGAUGUUUUUAUUAUACACUACUUUGAAAUGUUUGCUGUAUCGUGUUUGAGCAUGAGUUGGGGAAGUAACCAAUCGUUUAAGCUACAAUCUUUCAAUCUUGCAAUAAUAAUAAUAAUAAGGACAGUAAUGAUUAUAAAAUAAUAAUAAUAAUAAUAAUAAUAAUGAAAUACACCAGCCACAUAAAGCUAAGACUUAGUCACUGUAACUCAUUGGUCAAUUGUCUUGAUGGGUUACAAAAAAAAAAAUCUUGAGUUGUGUUGACAAAUGUACAUGCAGUAAUGGGCAUGAUCAAAGACAUUGGACCAAAAAAAACUGUUUAGGAGACAUAUGAAACGGUUGUGAAUGUAUUUACCUGACCUGACUGAAUAAACCAGUGAAAAUCUC